AGGGAGGGGAAGAAGGAGAUGAGGCAAACAGAGUGAGAGAAACCAGACUGGUGUGGAGGUGAGCAAAACGGCUGGAAAAGUGUGGGUGUUGGUUGAACGAUCUCAAUAAGAAAAUUGUGGGUGUUGAAACCCCCACAUCCCCCACGGGUGUGUUCUUGUUGCAUGACGUUUUCCGCGUCAGAAAAAGCAGGGAGCGGAGCCACGCCAUCCUCGGCAUUAUUCGUCUCUGUCCGGUUUUCGGGACGUAAUGUCAUCCACCGAGGAGAAGAACCUGCUGCUUGGAGGACUUCUGUAUCCCAAGGAGACCCACUCUGUAGAAAGUUUAAAGUUUGCUCGUGAAUUCAAGGUUAAAGACGAUGACAUCUUGGCUGUCACAUAUCCGAAGUCAGGUACAAUCUGGAUGCAGGAGAUCCUCCCACUGGUGCUGAAUGGUGGAGAUCUGACACCAAUCAAUACAAUUCCAAACUGGGACCGGGUCCCAUGGCUGGAAGAGAAAAGACUGGAACAGAUUGUGGAUCAGCUGAAAUCUCCACGUGCACUGGUUACACAUUUCCCCUUCAACCUCAUGCCCCCAUCCUUCCACACCUCCAAGGCCAAGGUGAUCUACGUCAUGAGGAACCCAAAAGAUAUCCUGGUGUCUUCAUAUUACUUCCACCAGAUGGCCACUUUCCUCGAUGAUCCCGGGACUUUUGAUGAGUUUAUUGACAAAUUCCUAGAAGGCAGAGUGCUGUUUGGGAAAUGGACGGAUCAUGUGAAGAGCUGGAGACGCGCCGAGCUGGGAGACAGAAUAAUGUUCAUCACAUAUGAGGACAUGGUUCAGGACCUGCCUGCAUCUAUCAGGCGUAUUUCAGACUUUCUGUGCUGUAAUCUGAGUGAAGAGGUCAUCCAGAAUAUAGCAAAGUGUUGUUCUUUCAAGAAAAUGAAGACCAACCCCCUUUCCAACUUCAGUCUGGUGUCGAAGGAGUACAUGAACAAUGACAAGUCUCCGUUCUUGAGGAAAGGAACCACUGGAGACUGGAAAAACCACUUUGACUCACAACAACUGACCCGCUUCGAGUCAGUCAUCCACAAAGAGUUGGAGGGAGAGGACUUCUCUCUGCCAUGGAGUCUGGAAUGAGCAACAUCUGAAGCUUCUACGUAUCUACUAUAGCCAUCCUAUCUGCAGCUAAUUUUAUGGUUACUUGAUUUUAAUAGCAGAAAAAUAGGAUAAAAGACCUCUUAUAAUAUUAUCUAACAGAAAUGAAAAAGUUCUCAAGACUGAAAAAUCCUAAAGAUGAUUGAAAAUGUGUGUUUUAAAUGUAAUUUAUUGUGGGGGAGAUGAUUUUGUUUGUUUCUCAGGCGAAAGUCAGAACAGCUAAUAAACAGAUAUUGUGCUGAUGAUGUAGAAUGAUCACGUGUGGCUACCAUUUAAUGUCGACACUAUUUGACGUUUGGAACAAAACAAAUAAUAAACCAAAUAUCUAAAAGGAAAA